AUGCCAUCCUGGAACAACAAGAAUAUGAAUGUGUCCUUGUUGUUGACUAAUACCAAGAUGGCCGACAAGGGGGUGUAUGAAUGCAUGGUGAGAACAGACAGUGGUGAUGCUACAGCUACAAUGAGCCUCAGUGUCACAGCGAUGUACAAAUCACCAACCAUGAGUUCCAGUCCUGAGAACUGCAUCAAACAGAACACAGAUGUGACCAUUUUCUGCAACUCUACAGGUGGGCACCAGAAAGGGUUGAUCUGGUGGUUUGACGAGUUUGGCACGAACUGCACAGGCAGUGCUGAACUUGUGGCCAAAAAGACAGACGGCACACUGUUUAGCCUCUCCAGUAAACUAACAGUUCUGAAGGCUACAUACAGUGGUUCCACAAACUACUCAUGCACAGUGCACAACACCAAUGGAGUCCAGGAGGGGAAGGCAUCAUUUGAGAUCCCGUUUGUAUGUUCAGCAGGUUCAAAAGAUGAUUUUGCUUCUGACUCCACUACCCAGUGGCUUGCCCCAGUUGGGGUCAUAGGAUCUCUGGUCAUUGGACUCCUUGCUGCGCUGCUGAUAUUAAAGAGGCGCUCUGUCCAACAUAUGAAGCUUUGUUGA